UGCGAUUCUUCUAAUCAAGCAGAGCACUGUUGUAGCGAACAUCUCGACAGUUCGUAACCGAGGUCCACCGGCUACUCCAAACACACUUCCGCAACUAGUCACGCGCUAUACCCGAACCAGCAACUAGCACAGCUGGACACCUACUUUAUUGCAACCUCAGAUUUACGUUCCGGAGCAAUUAUCAGGAUUUCAUACCUCCUCUUUACAGUGUUCCACAAAGAACUAAUCAUUACAGCAAGUAAUACUAUUACACACUAUGGCCAAACCCCAGAUCACAUUGUACAUUGAUAUCGUGUCGCCAUUCGGGUAUUUGGCAUUUUAUGCACUGCGGAACUUCCCUGUCUUCAAAGCAUGCGAUAUCACGUACGUGCCUAUUUUACUAGGCGGCGUCAUGAAGGACGUGGGAAAUCGUCCUCCAUUCACUGUCAAAAACAAAGACACCUGGAUCGCCAAAGAACGUACACGCUGGCAAAAGACCUUCUCCAUCCCGAUGCUCACCGGCAUGCCGCCCAAAUUCCCUGCAAACACCGUCCUCGUCCAACGUGCUUUGACGCACGUUUUCCUUACCACACCCUCAGCCACGGCCGACGCCGCCGCCGCCUGCUUCGAAGCGUACUGGGUCAAAGGGCUUGACAUCACCGAACCGACCGUCGUGCAUGCGGCGCUGGAGAAAGCGCUGGGACCCAAGGAGGCAGGCGAUGCGUUGGAGGGCGCCAAGAGCGUCCGAGCGAAAGAAGAGUUGGGCAGACUGAGCAAAGGCGCUGUGAAUGAGGGCGCGUUUGGGUUGCCAUAUUUUGUUGCGACGAAUGCAAAGGGCGAGAAGGAAACUUUCUGGGGGUUUGAUCAUUUGGGACAGGUGUGUCGCCAUCUCGAGAUUGAUAUGCCGCGCGAGGGCGGGUGGAGAUCGGUGUUGUAGGUGUCUUGAUGUAACUAUGGAACUCGGCGGUGCAAGAUGGGGGAGACCCUAUCUGGUGAGGAAGAAAAUGUACGCCUACGCGUCGCCAUCUGGCUCAGAGAAGAAAUAGUGCAAUGGAGUGGGGAUAGUCAGUAAGGAUUUAUUUUUAUAGUGAAGUGGGUAUC